CCCCUCCGGGCAUAAAGGUAGAUAGAAAAAGACAAAAAUAAAAAUAAAUACAAAGCUUUCCAGCCACAUCCCCAGUAUCGGCAGCAACGUGUAACCAAUCUUCACUUUACUGGCUUCCUGGAAAGGUAUUUCCCAGACUCAGAAUUUGGAGAUGGGGUGGUUAGGGGAGGCGACAGUGGGAGUGGGCAAGGAAUGGAACCGAAUUCAAAAGCCGAGUUUGCAUAACAUACACUUGGCUUUGGUUUAUUUGGGGUGAUGGGGCUUGUGAGGUGCAACGUCUUGGGGUGGACGCUGCUUUGGCAGAGCAAGCCUGUUUUUUUUUUUAGAUUGUAUGAUGCAAAUCGGUAAAAUAACAUGUUGUAAAAAUCCUGAAUUUUAAAAUUUAUUAUCAUGCUUAUUUGGGCGGCUGUUGUAGUUGAUGGGGAGCUCAAGCUGCAAUCCCCCUUUACCAGAUCUCCCCGCCGCCUCCUCUGUCCGACUGCAGAGAUUUCAGCAAGCCCGGGAACCAUCCACAAGAGGAACCGAGCCAUUUUCUGGCUCGCUCGUCAGAGACGAAUCCACGGGGGGGUGUGGGGGGUGGAGGGAGCGGGGGGAUGGAGAAGGUAGUGGGAGGCCCCGACUCGCCGGGGAGUGGGUGCCCUGGGAGGGCGACCUAGGGCGUACCUCGAAGAGUUCUCCCCGAGGUGCAUGUGAUGGGGGAAUGGGUCAGGGGCUUGAGUGAAAAACGUUCUACCUCUUUUUAAAAAGAGGAGGGGGGAAGAACAGUCUAAAUUCUUUUGCAAACAUUCAUGCCUAAGGAAGGGCUGGAACAGGCAGCCCCGGCCGCCGGAACCGGUCGGACAGGUAGCGAGCUUGUUGACACCGUUAUGUUGCAGGGCGCAUGCUCACUCCCAAGUUUCCUGGUGCCUUUUCUAUUCCACCUUAUGAAACUUUUUCCCCGGCGUGGUCUCACCCGCGAUUUAAGGCAUAGGUGUCGCGGAGCCGGGAGGCCGGGAGUCGCCAGGCGAGCGGGGGAGAGGCCUGGCCGCACAUCGGUGGGGGUGGAGGGAGAGGGCAGGCGAGGCGGGAAGGUGGGCUCCGGCCGCGGGGAGCCGGGGACCGAGCCGCCGCCUCUAGCGGGAGCAGCUGGGAGGAGGGGGCCGCAGUCGGAGAGGGGACCCCGCCAUGCCCAAAGUCUUCCUGGUGAAGAGGAGGAGCCUGGGGGUCUCGGUCCGCAGCUGGGAUGAGCUCCCGGAUGAGAACCGGGCAGACACCUACAUCCCAGUGGACCGGGGCCGCCUGCACCACGACCCUCACGAGGACUGCCGCAGCGACGGCGGCAGCGGCAGCAGCAGCAGCAGCAGCGCGGGGGAGCCUGGAGGCGCCGAGAGCAGCUCGUCCCCGCACGCCCCCGAGCACGAAAUUCCCGAUCCCGGCGAAGCUGAGGGCCCCAAUGGACACCUGGCGGCGACGCAGCGCCCGGUUGCCAGGUCUAAAAUCAAGUUCACCACAGGCACGUGCGGUGACUCGGAGGCCCACAGCUGUGACCUGUGUGGCAAGGGCUUCCGCUUGCAGCGAAUGCUCAACCGUCACCUCAAGUGCCACAACCAGGUAAAGAGGCACCUGUGCACCUUCUGCGGCAAGGGCUUCAAUGACACCUUCGACCUGAAGAGACACGUCCGCACACACACAGGCAUUCGUCCCUACAAAUGUGAUGUCUGCAACAAAGCUUUCACCCAGCGCUGCUCCUUGGAGUCCCACCUGAAGAAAAUUCACGGGGUGCAGCAGCAGUACGCCUACAAGCAGCGCAGGGACAAGCUCUACGUCUGCGAGGACUGCGGCUACACAGGCCCCACCCAGGAGGACCUGUACCUGCACGUGAACAGCGCCCACCCGGGCAGCACGUUUCUCAAAAAGACAUCCAAAAAACUGGCGGCCCUUUUGCAGAGCAAGCUGAUGUCCACACACCAGGAGAAUACCAACCUGAGUGAGGAGGAGGAGGGGGAGGAGAAGAAGUGAGGAGAGGAUGGAGGGGAGGGAGACGCCAACACUGCACAGUGUACGCGGAGUUUUGGUUUUGAGGGUCCCCUGCCCCACUGGCUCUUCUUAAUGCCAAGUGUUCAGUUCAACCUCUCUGUCCUUUAGGGCCAUAGGCACAGUAGGGUCUGUUCUGAGGUUGUCAAUUAAGGUAGUGAUGUCAGGUCCUGUAACACGUGUGCCAUCACACACAGUCACAUGCAUAUCACCAAAGUUUGUUUUCCACACUCCAGACAGCCAAGAUCACCCUACAGGAUUAUUUUUUUCUUUUCUGUUUUUUUUUUUUUAAGGAUUUUCACACUUGGAGGGAGAGGUAUUUAUUGGAGAGAUCAUUACGGUGCCUUGAAAUAAAAGUACUUCCACUUGAAAUGCUA